GUCAAAUAACUAAGUAGCACAGAUGGCCGUGGAAGAAAACCUGUUCUUUUGUGGCCUUGGGAAUAUAUUUACUGUGUUAGCUGGACACGACUUGAUGUGAGAAUAUGAUGGUGCUUGACGAUGCUUGAUCAUCAUAAAUACAAGGCCUGUUUAUUUUUCUCCUGUACAUUAUUAUUUUUUCCCGCUGUGAUGAAGUCAUAAUGGAGGUGUUCAAAUGCAAGGUGCAUCAUCAUCAUCAUCAUCAUCAUCAUCAUCAUCAUCAUCAUCACUGAACCAAUUAUGAACGUCGCAUGAACUGAUUCGAGGCAGUAAUGAAAGGAGAGAGGCAGCGCCCGUCAUCCAGUCACAUGCUUGAUGCCACCAGCCUCCUCCUCCUCCUGGUGCUGCUGCUGCUGCUGCUGCUGCUGCUGCUGCCCGCGUAACUCGGGGCGCGUGGGGGUCUCGUCUCAGUUUGCGUGUGGCAGUGAUCAGUUGCACAGCCUCUUCCUCGCUCCUCUCCCUCGCUAUUCUCCCGCGUCCUCCACACUCGCGGUCCGCCUCCCGUAGAGUGGUCUGAGGAGCCGCCGUUUACUUACGUGUGUUGCGUCUCACGUGUUGCUGUUUGUUUCAGUCUUGCGUGUUGUGGGAACGCCUGUUGCUUUACUGCCACUUCACCUCAGAUUUUUUUUUUUUUUGUAUUAGUGCAAGUUUAGUAAGUUGAGUCAGUCAGUCUUUCCCGCGGGAGAAGCUGGUGGUGGUGGUGGUGGUAGUGGUAGUGGUGGGUGGUGGUGGUGGUGGUGGUUGUGAGUGCAACAGGUGGUUCACUUGCACGCGAUUCAUGUGGAGAGGCGAGAGACAAAGAGGGUAAAGGGGAGAGGCUUCGUGCCGCGGAUGAUCUCGUGUUUACGUAACUAAGGACAGUGAUUGCCGAGUAUCAGACUGGUAUUUGUGCUUCAGCGGUGUUGUGUUGCUACGUUGGAGUGUUAAUGAGCAUGACUACGUGCGUUGUCAAGGCGGCACAAGGAACACUCUGAUAAGGGUCGCGCCGAGCCUUGUUACGGGCAGCGACAUUGGGACCAGCGGUGUGGGACAAGGCUGAGACGUGCACAAGACGCCACUGUACUCUCAGGAACAAGAUGCUGCGCCGCUCAGUGCUGAUGAAGAACAGGGUUGUGGCGGUGCCUCGAUACAGAACCGCUUAGAGCGAGAAAGAGGGAAAGAGCAGGGAGUUUUAGAAUUAGUCACCGAGUACUAACUAGGUGAGAGAAACAGGCUGCGAACAAAUUAGGACUGUAAGUAGACAAAACGAGAGGAAGAGUUCCAGCUGGCGCAGACGAGGAGGAAGCGAAGCACCUCUGUCUUGCCGCGUUGCCUUCGUGUGUGAUGCCACAAUGCCUGUGGUAGGAAGCCCAUCGUGUGGGCGUGCAGGAUGGCGCUCCACGAGUGCCAGCACAGGGCCGCGCCUCUAGCACGAGGGGCCGCCGGGGAAGGACAGGAGGGAGCGCUCAUGAUCCCUCUUUCGGCCUUGACCCCUCCCAGAGGUGACAGUCGCUCUCGCCAGCAGCAGCAGUUGGAGGGCCACUGACGCCCGUCAGCCUCCUGCAGCGCGGCGGCGUCCCAAGAAGCAGCCACAAUUAUCCCGUUCAGGAUCUUCGUGUCCAAGCUGCUCCUCUCCUGCCUGGGGGCCGAGGAGAUGGAGGGAGGCGCGGGCAAGGUCUCCACGAGUUAUCGUCACCUCAAGGGUGAGUGGGAUGCCGGGGGAGACCUGGACACGGAGGCUGGCAGGUCCGCCGAGGCCAGCAGGAGCCUGGCGCUGGAGGCCAAAGGAGCCGAGUCGCAGCGGAGGUCCAGCGCUGAGGGGGGAAAGGAACGGCACUCGCCCGGGGAACAAGAGAAACGAAAGUCUCCAUCAGACCCGCGCAGACCCAUCAAGCUGAAGAUGAUUCCCCGCAACGUGACCGUAGGGCGCGGCAUCGGCUUGCCCAUGGGCGGCCCCCUGGCUACCGCCCGCUCCCCCUCCGUGCCUUGUGCCCCCUCGCCAGCCUGCACCCGCGCCACCCACACUGCCGUCGUUCACUCCUCGGGAGGCCACACACUUCUCCGUGGCACGCCCGCCUUCCAGCAGGCGCCCACGUCCUUUGCCUCCGUGGCGCUGCGGUAUGGGCGGCGGUGCAGCUCCCCACAGACACCCCAGUUGACCGGCUGUGCCCCCUGCACGGCGGCGCCCCGCUCCGCCCAGACCUCUCCUUCGGGUCCCAGGUCCCCGCGUCUCACCUCCAGCAGCAGCGACCCCUGGAGUGCCCUUAUCAGCAAGAACCACCGCACCCAGAGUGUCGGGGCCGCCGUGCCGGCCGGGGAGAUGGACUGGCUGCCCGCGCCGUCACCCUGCUCCAGGAAGAGCUCCUGGUCCUCGGUGUCCACGGACAACGACUCUGGUCCCUGCUGGUUCGAGGACCCCCACUCGCGCCACGGAAGAAGGUGAGUACCGUGACAUCACUUGCACACUCCCGGUGCUGUAUUCAGGUAUGGAGUCCUUUAAUAGUUUCGUUUCACAUUUUCCUGUAAUGUGUUUGAAGUCUUUUGUAUCAUGGUCUUACAAAUGACGUGCGGUGUAGCAACAUGUACUGAAUUUGUGUAUCAAACCGUGGAUCACUACUUUGCAAGGUGAAUGUUGUAACCACUGUGCCACUUCGCUCGCCUUAAGAAUCUCGUAUUGGUGGUCUGAGGUGAUAUGUUGCUUAGGAUUAUAUAUAUUGAAAUUGUGUACCGAACGGUGAAUCAGUUUUGUUGUAUACUGUAUUUAUAUUGUAGAUUGUAGAGAAUUAUGGUGGUAGGCACUCACUGGAUUCCCUCACGUCACCUUCCUGACAUUGUAGUCUUGGAGUGCGUGGUGUUAUGAAGCGCUAUUCGUGAAGUAGAAUCUUCAUAUUCUACAUAAUUGGUUUUAUUCUCAUUUUCGUUUAAGUUUUUGUUGUAUUUGGUAAUGUGAUUUCUUUUUUUAUCCUAAAGAAUAUCAGUUGUGAAGUGAUCUGAGUUAUUUACUCAUAACUUCAUCAAGUUAACAGGUCUUGCUCUCCUUUUCCAUAGGCUUUUCUGCAGUAUUUGGAGAGGAAUAUGAUAUUUUUUUUAACCCCAGGCAAUAUAUUUAUCAGUUAUCUUUAUAAUUUGCUCAUAACCUCAUGUAUACAUAUGAUAGAUCUUAUUCCUUUUUUCAUAAACCUUUUCAUAAUGUUUGGUGACUAAUAUCAUUUUCUUAGACCUCCCCAGGAAAUAGAUGUACCAGUCUUCCUCUCCUCUUUAAUUUCGUGCGUUAUGGAGUGAGAUACUGCAUUCCUUUCUUGCAUACGUCUUCCCUCUAUCAAUGCCAUCUGUCUGACUUCACACGAGGAAGUCUGGGUGUCUGUGUGUGAGCGAGGCGUAGUAAUCCCAUCUAUCUUAAGACCGAGUUCUUCCCGCCUGUUUUCUCCCUGGCAAAUUAGACCUUGAAUUAUAGAGAGGGAGAGAAAGAGCUGAUUGCUACUCUGGAGUUAAUGAGAGGUGCGUGGAUGGCGUGUGUAUAUGCGUGUGUGUGCGUGGGAAGGUCAAGGGGAGGAUAGAUCAUUAUGGGAGUUUAUGAAAAAAGGUGAAAGGUAAGCUUGAUAAGAGGCUGCGAGGUCAUGAGGAGGGAGGUGUGAGGGAAGAGCGAGUCAGGUGUGUGUUUCAGGAAAUGAGGCAAUGUUAGAUGUGCUCAGGUGAGGCGAGGCGAGGGGAGGGAGGCGUGUCCGGGUGAGCAAAAUGGAGAAAAAAUUGAGGCGGUUUGGGGAAUAGAAGGUAAGUGGAAUAGUGAUUUUUGUGAGAUGAAAAAAGAUAAGAUUAGAUAAAUAGAGGAAGGAAGACAGCUGAAGGUAAAGGAAGGUUAAGGAUAAAGGGAAAAAGGGGAGAAAUUAAUGCGUUUUAAGAGGAAGAAUAGAAGGACGAGGAGAAAGGAUGACUUUUGAAAGAGAAAAAUGUGAGAAUAAUUAAAAUGAAGAAAGGAGGGAGCUGAAAUAGGCAAAAAAAAAAAAAAAAAGGGGGGGGGGAGAAUAUAUAGGAAUAUAAUUGAAUAGGUGAGAGUGUUUAGGGAAGGAAUGAGUGAGGAAAUUAAUUUUAGGAGAUUGGAGAAGGUAAAGAUUGGGUGAGCUGCAUAGGAGUUGAAAAAAAAAAGUAAAAGAAAGAGGGAAUUUCAAAGAAAAAAGAGAAUAAGGUAGAUGUUGUUUUAGAGAAGAACUACGUGAGGAAAUAGAAGACAGAGACUGGAAAAGGAAAAUGUAAGAAUAUUAGAGAAGGAGGAAUGAAAAUGGAGAAAAAUUAACGAAAAAAUAAAACAGGAUGAUGUUAAUUAGAAGGAAAAUUGAUGAAAAGAAAUGAAGAAUUAAAAGAAAAAAAAAAGAACACCUUACACUUCGAUCGAAAACAAAAGCACACCAGCAGGGAAGGAGAAAUAAAAAUAAAGGAGAAAGAAUGGACGCAAAAAAAGAAGCGGGGUGACGUUGAUUAGAGGAAAAAUAGGCAAAAAGGAAGGGACAUGGAGCUCAAUUCAAUAAUGCACGAGUCUCAAGCAGGCGGGCGGGCAACGAAGGGGGGCGGGGCAUUGCUAGGUCGUCCUGCAGGGAAUUAAAUCAACGGUUGGAGGAAGAGAAGCAAGAUAAAUCAGACCAUGAGAAAAAUAUUACAAAGGAAACCCUCGAUACGGAAAGAGACAGAUAGAAAAGUGAAGCAAAGAAAAUGCGGUUCGUUAUAAAUAAUUUAGCUGUUAUUGCUGAGGGAAAUGAGAAAAACACCUGCCCACUAGAGAGAGAGAGAGAGAGAGAGAGAGAGAGAGAGAGAGAGAGAGAGAGAGAGAGAGAGAGAGAGAGAGAGAGAGAGAGAGAGAGAGAGCAUUAAAGUUUAACACGAACAGCACCUACACUCAUCAAGAAAGGUAAGAAAAAAAAAGCUAAUUUGGGCUCAAUUCUCAUAUUCCUGAGUCAAAAUUUUUUCCAAUAUUCUUAAAAGAUUGAAAUUGACGGAAAAGAAAAAGAAAUAAAGGAAAAUAAUGGAGGAGAAAAAUAAGGGAGAAAGAAGAAAGAGAAAGAAGAAAGAAAAAAGAAGGAACGAGGGAGAUAUAGAAGGGAGAGGGAAGUGAAGAGAAAGGCUAAAGAGGGUAAGAACAUAGGGAAAGGAGAAAAAGGAGGGUGAAAGAAAAAAAAGGGAAAAGGAGAGAGAAGGAAUAGGGAAAUAGGAUAGAGAAGGAGGGAAAGGAAAUAAAAGGUGAGAGGAAAAAGGUGCGGAGAGAAGAGGGAAUGAUAGAAAGAAGAGAACAAAACAAGAGAAAAAAGAGAGAGGGAAGAGGGAAAGAAGAUAGAAAAAUGAAAGUGAAAAAAAUAAGGAAGGAAGGAAAGAGGGAAGACGAAAAAAAAAAGACAGGAGAAGAAAGGAGAAGUAGAGGAGGAAAAAAAUACUGAGAAGUUAAGUGUUUUCCUGUGUCUUUUCCUUUUUUCCCUUCGGUUUAUGCAAAUUUGAGGGACAAUAAGGAUUAACAUAAGGAGUGAAUGGGUAUGGAGUCUUUGUUUGUGUAAGAGGCUUCCCUUCCGUGCAAUAUAAGGCUGCCUAUAGCUCUCCAUUAUAAACAGGUGACUUUGUAUAGAGGCACUGAAUUUAUAUAGGCAAAUUAAGGGAGUGUUCUGUAUACA